AUGGCGGAGUACAGCCAGGCCGGCUUGCUGGCGGCUCUGCUGCUCUUCACGGCCCUCACAGUCCGAGACGUUUAUGUCGGCAGAUCGAACCCGCCGCGCGCACUGCAGGAGGCCCACAGCCAAUCAGCGGACAGCCCCGGCCUCUCCCCGGGACCCGGGAAACCCGCCAAGCCCUCCCUGUACACCGGGCCCCUGCUCAAGUUCCAGUACUGUAUCUCCUGAGGCUACAGUAAAGUGUUUCAGGAGUAUUCCCGGGCGAUCAGCCAGCUGUAUCCGGACAUCCACAUCGAGGGAGAAAACUACCCCCCCACCCCCCUCAACAGAGCCCUGGGUCAGCUGGUCUCCUUCCUGAAACUCGUCUCCAUCUUGCUGGUCGUCAGCGGUCAGAAUCCGUUUCUUCUCUUCGGCCUCGACACUCCCCGAGCUUGGACCUGGAGUCAGGACAACAAGAUCUUCUCCUGUCUGAUGGCUUUCUUCCUCUGCAACAUGAUGGAGACUCACUUCCUGUCCACCGGAGCCUUCGAAGUCACGCUCAACGAUGUCCCCGUGUGGUCCAAGCUGCAGUCGGGGUAUGUCCCGAACAUCCAGGAGAUCUUCCAGAUCCUCGACAACCAGCUGAAGAUGAACCAGCUGGAUCCGCUGAGCUUCUCCUCGCCCUAAAGCAGCGCUGCAUUCAGGUGUCUCCACUCAGCGGUGCGUUCAGGUGUCUCCACUCAGCGGUGCGUUCAGGUGUCUCGGCUCAGCGCUGCGUUCAGCCACUGGCGUGUAUGAAGGUUCGGCCCUAAAGCAGACUCUGCGGGGCCCCGCCGGAUGUCCCCCGCCACAAAGCGAGUGCUCCCUCUGCGCCGGGUCACAGCCCAGCAUUACAGUACCCAUAAUGCACCUGUGAGCACCGGGAGAGUCAGAUUGUUUCUGUUGGUUCAGCUUGAUUUUAUUUAUUUAGUUUAAGGUUGAGUUUGUUCAGAAUAAAAAUACGCUACCACUGUUAGCUUCAUGCUAAUUAGCCUCUGUCUGGACAGGUACUGAGAAUUAAAAAAUAACAAUGUGAAGAUGACCAUUUGUUACAGAAACCAGAUUUUAAUGAUUCAUCACUUUUCUGUUAAAGUUACAUCAUUGAGUCUGUAAAAUGUCUGAAAAUAAAACUCACCAAAAGUUUCA